AUGACUGAUCUGAGCGAAAAGACUGGGGUAGAUACGCUCCUAGGACCAUACGCCGCCUACUGUCUUGCCGUCGUCAAGCAUAAGGAGCCGGCUGGGAAAUGUUCAGUUGCGCUCGACGAGGUCUUUCCCGACAACGAAAGCCCCAAGUCUCUGCUCAGUAUGCCGCAAGACUACAAGUAUUCGAUGCCCGGGCAGAGUACCAAGACCAAGUUGGCCCGCGGAGCAAUUAGUAGGAGCCGACCAUACCUGUUAGUAUUCUCAGCCCACAACACUGGAGCUCUCAAGCGCAAUGACAUAGCUCAUUGCAAGAUUGCCGCCAAGUACAAUCUGCUCGACCUGUCCUUCACUCUCGCCAACCACCGUACACGCUUCCAAAACAAAGGCACGGUGGUUACGACACUCAGCACUUUGCAGAGUACCUUCUCCGAAGACAUGCCUGGCUUCACAAUCGGCAAGAAGAAUGACACAGUUGAGCAGUUUCAAAAAGAGUAUCUGUGGAACCCUUGGUGCUGA